AUGGCUGACGAGAAUAGGCCAAAUACGAGAGGUCGAGUGGACAACCGAAAAGAUCUUGACACAUAUUUUAAGUCUGAAGCGUUUGGCACGUUAAUCAAGAAGUCGAUUACAGAAGAAUUCGAACGUUUUCUUAGCUCUGAGGGUUUCAAAGAUAUGUUGGUCUCAACGACAAAGUCAGUCGUGUCUGAAGUUGUAAGCGGCACAGUCGAAGCCAUUAUCGGGAAUGAG